UUGUUAGAUCAAACUAAUCAUUGUAUUCUCUGCAGAUGUUGAUGCCCAAAAAGAACAGAAUUGCCAUCUACGAACUCCUUUUUAAGGAGGGGGUGAUGGUGGCGAAGAAAGAUGUCCACAUGCCUAAGCACCCAGAGCUGGCUGACAAGAAUGUGCCCAAUCUCCAUGUCAUGAAAGCCAUGCAGUCGCUGAAAUCUCGUGGCUAUGUGAAGGAGCAGUUUGCUUGGAGGCAUUUCUACUGGUAUCUGACCAAUGAGGGCAUCCAGUACUUGCGUGAUUAUCUCCAUCUGCCCCCUGAGAUUGUGCCUGCAACCCUGCGGCGCAGCCGCCCUGAGACGGGCAGACCACGACCCAAAGGUGUGGAGGGUGAGCGUCCUGCUCGUCUUACUCGGGGAGAAGCUGACAGAGAUACCUACAGACGCAGUGCUGCUCCACUUGGUUCUGACAAAAAGGCUGAGGCUGGUGCUGGAGCAGCGACCGAAUUUCAGUUUAGAGGUGGAUUUGGUCGUGGACGUGGUCAGCCUCCUCAGUAGAACUCUUUGGCCGUGUUUUUUUGUGUAUAAUAAAAUAGCUGAAAAAAAUCUCA